AUGAGCGCGUCAGCCGCCGCCCUGCCCCCUUGCAAUGGGAAAAAGCCUCCAAAGCGAAAGUAUUAGGGUUUAGGGUGUAGGGUUUGCAAAUCCCGAACCCCAGAAAGCCAGCAGAGAGGCUCACCUGCAGAGAGGCCACAUACGAAGGCAGGAGCAGCCAGAAGGCUCCCCAGCUGAGAUCUCCCUCUGUUUGUGUCUGCCUGUCCUCAGGAAGAUGCUGCCCAUUCUCCACGACCAGGCGACGCUGCUCAAAGCCAAAGCAAAGCGUUUCUUCCAUAUGGAUGACGAUGCGAUUGCGCUUUGGAAGGAGACUAUAUGUAUUCUACUUAGAGCUCCCCUAGGUGGACCGACAUCAGAAACACCUUACUUCCACCUGCCGUCCUCCACACACACGCCCAGCCGCUGUCCUUCCACACACAACACAGGCAAACUUUGAACACAAAAGCCUCACACGAUUCAGCUUCUGGGUGGGUGCACCUUCACUGUCACAGUCACAGGAACCAACUGCCUGCCCCCCCUCUCUCUCCUUCUCUCUCUGUGUGUGUGUGUGUGUGUGGUGUGCAGGGACAAGCCCGACUACAGCACCGACCGGGCGAUAGUGCUGCUGAGCCCUGAGCUCACUGACCCCAUGCAACAGCUGUGGGAAGAGGUCAGUGAGCUGCCCUCACGCACACACAACCACAGACGCACACACACACACACAUCACUGCCAACAGAUGGAUGGGACGAAUGGGCCGGGCCAUGUUGGUAUGUGUGUGGUCGUUCGUUCAGCUCAAGGAGCACCCCGACUCGCCCAUUAUCCUCGUCAACCCGGGAUAUGACAACAGGUGGGUGUGUACUUCUCUGACCGACCUGACUGACGGUGUGGGUGCACCAACAAUCCACUGAUCCAACGAAUGAAUGCGACGAAUCUGACGGCGUGCCUGUGGUGUGUGUGUCAACAUGAAUGACAUACAUCAGGCCUGCACUGCACUACCAGGCCCUCGCGCGCAACCUCAGAGAUGAACUCACAACGGUCUGGGACGGACGGAUGGAGGGGCACACACACACACACAGAGAGUGAUGUGUGUGUGUGGUGGUGGGACCGACACAGGAGACUGAGACAGUGUGGUAUCUGCGUGUAUACUCGUGGGGCUGUGUGGCGCGAUUCUGGCCUCUCAGAUACAGCGUCUGGCUGCAGGUAGGACAGGGUACCUACCUACCUGGGUGUGCAGGAAGUUGUUGUGUGAUACGAUCGCAAGCAUCCUCUUCCUACCCCUGUGUGUGUGUGUGUGUGUGUGUUUAGGAUCCCCGAUACCAAUCACAGGGGGGAUACAGACUCGUGCAGGUGAGGGAGCCCAUACACAAACACUCACAGACAGACAGACAGACAGACAGUCGCACGCGCCAGCCAAUGUGUGUGGUGUUUUCCUGCCUGGUUGCCAUGCCAUACUGUGUGUGUGUGUGCAGACGUAUGCCAGUCGUCCCACGCGCAACAUGGUCUUGAAGGCGGUCGACAACGCCAUCAACGAAAUGACUCCACAGAAGGAGGAAGGGUCAGAUCUACACGCGGCCAACACAAGACAGAGCUUUGGUUGCUUGGUGGAUCUCUCUCUCUCUCUCUCUGUGUGUGUGUGUGUGUGUUUGUGUUUGUGUUUGUUCAGUGCCAAUCCGCUCAAGGCCAUGGCGAGUGGUGUGUCCAACAUCCUCAGCACCAUGGGCAAAAUCACUGGUACGCUCGAACGAAUGAAUGAAUGAAUGAGUGGCCGCACGUCGGUCGCCAUGCAUGGUGUGCUUAAUGUGUGUUUCCUGUGCUGUGGGGUGUGUGGGCAGAGGUCUAGCGUUGCGUAGCUAGCAAACGAGCUGUAGCCAGCGGCGAUGAAUAAGUUCAGAUUAUUAUUGCUGCAUUCAGGCAGGCAGGCAGGCAGUAGUUUAUGUGUGUGUAUCAUGGCCGUGGUCUGGAGCAAUGCAGUCAGUCCAUGCGUCUCAUACAGUAUUUAAAGGAGAGGAGAGACCCGAUCGAUCAGCUGUCUGUCUGUCCGUUGCCUGCCUGUUCUGUUGUACCCGCUGAAUGUGAGGCUGCCUGUACGAACAGCCACGGUUCUAUACAUCGAAAUGCCAUCAAACUCGUCGUUGAUGACUGGAUCC